CAGGAGUGGUGUGGCAUCCCCUGAUAGGGGAGGGAUCCCCAGGGAAAGGGAGGAGGCACCGAGCGCGCCGGGCGGUGGAGACACGCCUGCCCGGCUCGGAUCUGCACCCCGGGGUUGGCGGCCUCCCUCGAAGGGCUGGGGAGCGGGCUGGACGCCUGGCUGAGACGUGUUCGGGGCGCGGGGUUCCUGCGCCCGGACGCCCCCAGCGGGUUCCGGGAGGCGGCCGGUGCGCCCCUGUGUUGGGCGCGGGAGCGAGCGCGCGCGCCGGCCGGGCGGAGAGCCGGCGGGGCCGGCGGGAGGUGGGGAGUGCAGGAGUGGAGGACGCGGCGGCAGCGGCAGCGCCGGGGGCAGUAGCUGCAGCCCGGGCGGCGGCGGCGGGAAGGCUGUGCGCAGUCCGCACCGCAGCCUCUCUUCUCGGCCUAUCUCCGGCUACUCCGACAUCCCCUUCCUCCCGGCCCCAUCUCUUGCGUAGGGUGGCCCACGACUAAGCCGCUGCGAGCAACUCCCUAAAAAAAAAAAAAAAAAAAGGAAAAAAAAAGCCGCAUUGGAGGAGCCUGGCCGCAGGACCCCUCCUCCCUGGCGCCCCUCACCCCUCGCUCCCCCCCACCCCCCGCUCCCGGGCGCCCGCCUCCCUCCUUCGCGGACUGUCUCCCGACUCGCCGGCUGAGAGCCCUUUUUGACUGCGAGCCGAGGUAGUGGAGCAGAGGCGGCGGCGCGGGACCUGCAGUCGCCCGGGAUUCCCUCCAGGUGACGAUGCUCUGGUUCUCCGGCGUCAGGGCUCUGGCUGAGCGUCCCUGCCGGCGCUCGCCCGGGAUUACCUGCUGCGUCUUGCUGCUGCUCAAUUGCUCGGGGGUCCCCAUGUCUCUGGCUUCCUCCUUCUUGACAGGGUCUGUUGCAAAAUGUGAAAAUGAAGGUGAAGUCCUCCAGAUUCCAUUUAUCACCGACAAUCCUUGUAUAAUGUGUGUCUGCUUGAACAAGGAAGUGACCUGUAAGAGAGAGAAGUGCCCCGUGCUGUCGAGAGACUGUGCCCUUGCCAUCAAGCAGAGGGGAGCCUGCUGUGAGCGGUGCAAAGGUUGCACCUAUGAAGGAAAUACCUAUAACAGCUCUUUCAGAUGGCAGAGUCCUACAGAACCCUGUGCUCUACGUCAGUGCCAGGAAGGUGUUGUCACAGAGUCUGAGGUGCGAUGUGUUGUUCAUUGUAAAAACCCUUCCAGGCAUCUGGGAACGUGCUGCCCCACCUGUCCAGGCUGUGUGUUUGAGGGUGUGCAGUACCGAGAAGGUGAGGAAUUUCAGCCAGAAGGAAACAAAUGUACCAGGUGUUCCUGUGUUGGAGGCAGGACACAGUGCGUGAGAGAAGUAUGUCCCAUUCUCUCCUGUCCUCAGCACCUUAGCCACACUCCCCCAGGACAGUGCUGCCCCAAAUGUUUGGGUCAGAGGAAAGUGUUUGACCUCCCAUUUGGAAGCUGCCUCUUUCGCAGUGAUGUUUAUGAUAACGGAUCUUCAUUUCUCUAUGAUAACUGCACUGCAUGCACCUGCCAGGACUCCACUGUGGUAUGUAAGAAGAAGUGCUCCCACCCUGGGGGCUGCCUCAGAGGGGAGCAGACGUGUUGUGAAGAGUGCCUCCUGCGAGUACCUCCAGAGGACGUCAAGGUGUGCAAGUUUGGCAACAAGAUUUUCCGGGAUGGAGAGAUGUGGUCCUCUGUUAAUUGCACCAUCUGUGCUUGUGUGAAAGGCAAGACAGAGUGUCGAAAGAAGCAGUGUGUUCCCAUCAGCAGUUGCCCACAGGGUAAAAUUCUCAACAGAAAAGGAUGCUGUCCUAUUUGCACUGAAAAGCCCGGCGUUUGCACGGUAUUCGGAGAUCCCCACUACAACACUUUUGACGGACGGACAUUUAACUUUCAGGGGACGUGUCAGUACGUUUUGACAAAAGACUGCUCCUCCCCUGCCUCGCCCUUUCAGGUUCUGGUGAAGAAUGACGCACGCAGGACUCGCUCCUUCUCUUGGACCAAGUCGGUGGACUUGGUGCUGGGCGCCAGCACUGUCAGCCUCCAGCAGCACCUGACCGUGCGCUGGAACGGCUCGCGCAUCGCGCUGCCCUGCCAGGCGCCGCAGUUCCAUAUCGACCUGGAUGGCUACCUCUUGAAAGUGACAACCAAAGCAGGUUUGGAAAUAUCCUGGGAUGGAGACAGUUUUGUUGAAGUCAUGGCUGCCCCCCAUCUCAAGGGCAAGCUCUGUGGCCUUUGUGGCAACUAUAAUGGACAUAAGCGUGAUGAUUUAAUUGGUGGAGAUGGAAACUUCAAGUUUGAUGUGGAUGACUUUGCUGAAUCCUGGAGAGUAGAGUCCAAUGAGUUCUGCAACAGACCUCAGAGAAAACCAGUGCCUGAACUGUGUCAAGGGACAGUGAAGGUAAAGCUCCGAGCUCAUCGAGAAUGCCAGAAACUCAAAUCCUGGGAGUUUCAGACCUGCCACUCAACUGUGGAUUAUGCGACUUUCUACCGGUCCUGCGUGACAGACAUGUGUGAAUGUCCAGUCCAUAAAAACUGUUACUGUGAGUCAUUCCUGGCAUAUACCCGGGCCUGUCAGAGAGAGGGCAUCAGUGUCCACUGGGAGCCUCAGCAGAAUUGUGCAGCCACCCAAUGUAAGCACGGGGCUGUGUACGAUACCUGUGGUCCAGGAUGUGCCAAGACCUGUGACAACUGGAAUGAGAUCGGUCCAUGCAAUAAGCCAUGCAUUGCAGGCUGCCACUGUCCAGCAAACUUGGUCCUUCACAAGGGAAGGUGCAUCAAGCCAGUCCUCUGUCCUCAGCGGUGACCUUUGUUCUGCUCUUAAGACUUUGAAACCUGGUGUCCUUGACACUGAAGUGGAAGAGCCAAUGAAGGACUGCAGUAUUUGUGUGCGGAUUCUUCACAUACACACACAGAGAGUAUAUAUGUGUACAUAUAUAGAUAUAUAGAUAUAUUCAGAAACAUUUCAUCAUUUAUAUAAACUAUAGGUGGAUUAUUAUAUGUAUAUUUUUUGCUAUAAGACAUGUAUUAUUUCUAGGAUCCUAACCUGUAAGCCAUUGGAAUCAUUGUAUAAAUAAACCAGGUGUUGGUAAUUUAAUAAGGCAGCAUGCAGACAUAUUGGAUGGCUUUAACAUCACAUACAUUUGUCAUUUUUAAGAAGUUUCUAAGAAACCCAAAUUGCCUGCCUGCAUUAAUUUUAGCUUUGAAUCAAGACUUGCAGUUUAGUGGAAAAUGUGUUUCUCUGGAGAAGGGCAAAGUUAUCCAGGGGCAUUUCAUGCUUCCAAGAAGAGGAAUGUAUGCCUGAGAGAGAUGGCUGGUGAUUGGUGACAGGUCCUAAUGGUGCAUGGAAAGCAAGGGAUAGGUUGUUAGACUUUCUUGGGUCAUGGUCCAAUAUUAUUUCCAAAACCGAUUGGCUUGUUGCCAAGAAAUAUAUAUUUGUCAGUCGAGCAUAGCCAAAGAAUUGAAUGGUUUCUUGCCAUCUUUGCAUAUUCUUUGAGUCACCUAAUUAUGAAUGUGUGUAUGAUGGAUGUCCAUUUAUAUGUCACAGUGAGAUUAAAGAAUGUUUGGGUGAUAUGUUAGUUUUAUUGAGCAUGAGCAGAUAUUUGGAGAAACUUUUGCACAACAUAUGAGAAAGUAACCAUUUCUUUGAAUCUUAGAGCAAUUGAGGAUGGGCAAAUAUAAUAAGUUGAUGUAAGCCAUCUACCUUGUGUGACUAUUCCAUGUGUAAAAUGAAAAAAUCACUAAUUAAUUCCAGGGGAUCCUAGUCCAGUGCUAUUUGGAGACUGUUAGUAUGUCAUAAUUAUUAUGCAGAAAGCCUUUACUGACCAGUUGAUUUAACGUCAGGCCAAACAAAGACUGGUCUCUGUACUUGCUCUAAUUUACUGGUAGUUUACUACUGGUCAUCACGUGAGCUUCCUGAAUUUUGUUUUCAGUUAAUAAAUGAAAAUGUCAACAAAACAAAACUUACUGAUGUCUAAAAAUACUAUGUUCUACAGUGUAGUCAAUAAAGGGCUUAAUAUUUAAAACAA